AUGAACUGCGCCGCCGCGUCCACGCGCGGGUGGAGCGCCGCGUCGCGCGCGUGCGGCAGCGUCCGCGCGUCCGCCGCGUCCUCGCUCCGGGACUUCUGCGCGGGGCCUCUCGCGCGCGCGGUCGUCGGCCGAAGCGCCAGGGCGCGGUCGAGGUCGCCGCCGCUCUCUCCUCGCCGCGCGCUAUCCGAGGACGACGCGGACGACGCGGACGCCGCCGCGCGUGCGCGACGACGACUGCGGCGCAACCCCGCGGUCUCCGCGCUCGUCACCGUGACCGUCCUCGCGCUCGCGUGCCUCGGCCUCCUCGCCGCGGACUUCGCGCGCGACGUCGACGACGUCUGGGUGCCGCGCGGCUCGAGCGCGUUGGCGCAGAAACGCGAGAGCGAGCGCGCGUUCGGCGCCGACCCGUUCAGCCGCCCGGCGCGCGUCAUCGUCCACGUCCCGGGAUCCGAGGGUUUAGGGAGUUCGCGCGGCGGCCGCGGAGGUUGUCCGUCGACCGAGGACACGGACGGGAUGCUCGCGGACGCCGCGCGCGUGCGCGCCGCGUUCGCGGUCGACGCCGCCGCGCGCGCCGUCGCCGUCGCCGCCGACGUCGACGCCGACGCCGUGACGACGCGUUCCGUGACGUUCGACGACCUGUGCGCGCGCGCGCGGCCGAUGGAUAAAACGUCGGAAUGCCUGGCGUUUACUCCGCUCGCGUUCUGGCCGAGCGGCGUCGGAGGCGUGCCGACGAACGCGACGACGGAGGAGCUCCGCGACGACGUCACCGCGACGCUGUACUCGGGUCCGAUGCCGGUCGAACGACGACGCGUGUUGGGGUGCGUCACCGAGUCAGUCAACCCGAACGACGGCGACCAGACACGAUCGCGACUGUGCGACGCCGGGGCGUUCGUGUUCACGUACUUUCUCGACCCCGCGUCCGCGCCGGCGGAGACGUUGGAACGGUGGGAGAGGGCGUUCAUCGAGACGAUGCGCGCGCUGAACGAGGACGGCGGCGUCGGCGUCCGCGUCGUCGCCAACGCGGAGAUAUCCGCGUCGCUCGAGAUCGAGGCGCAAGAGCGGUCCGACUUUGGCGUGCUCGUGGGGUGUUACGUCAUGAUGACCGUCGCGGUGACCUUCUUUCUGACGCGUCGCGGAGAACUCGCGAGGAUGCAUCAGCGGAUACUCCCGGCGCUCGCGGGCGUCGCGCUCGUCGCCCUCGCCGCCGCGGCGACGCUCGGGUUGACGGCCACGUUCUUGGAGCUCACGCCGAUCGCGGUGCAGGUCGUGCCGUACCUUCUCGUCGCCGUGGGCGUGGACAACGUCUUCAUCGUCGCGAAGCAGUUCGACCUCGCGCUCGAUCGCGCGGAGGAGGAGGAGGAGGAGGACGCGUCGGACGACGCCAACGCGAACGACGCCGACGCGAACGACGCGCGGGCCCCGGACUCGAGAAGAGAAACGCCAUCUUCUCGGGCGUUACGAAACGCGACGGCGAUGGCGGAGGGCCUCGGUGUCUCGGUGCCGUCCGUCGGGAUCACGUCGCUCACGUCGUGCGUCGCGCUGCUCGUCGCCGGCACCACGGACGUCCCCGCGCUUCGAAGUUUCUGCCUCACCGCGGGCGUCGGCGUCGCGCUCGCGCUGGUGCCGAUAGUGACCGUGUUCCCCGGGGUGUUGAUCGCGUGCGAGACCGCGUUCGGAUCCUCCUCCUCCUCCUCCCCAUCAGGUCGUCGUCGUCGUCAUCGUCGUGGCGUCGAGCCCGAGCCCGAGUCUGGCGAGGUUCUGGUUCUUCAUCCUCCGUCCCCUCCGAGUCUUCUCCCGACCGCGGCGUGUUACGUCCGCGUCGUCGACCGCCUGCCCGUGCAGAUCGUCGUCGUCGCCGCGUAUCUCGCCGCGCUCUUCGUCUCCGCGUUCGCCGCGACGAAAGUCGUCGCCGGGAUCGAGCCGCGAGAGAUGGCCCGAGCCGGUUCGGACCUCGACGCGUACCUGCGCGUGGAAGCGGCGUGCAACUCGCACAUGGGACCGCCCGUGUUCAUCGUGAUCAAAGGCGUGGACUACUUCGGGGCGAAUCGCGCGGGCGUCGACGCGGCGAUGCGCGAGCUCACGCGGAGGGUGGAGAACGACGCGCACGUGGACGGUCCCGUGUUCGGGUGGUACGACGCGUUCGUCGACGGGUGGCUGCCGUUCAACGCCGGCGUCGGCGCCGACGACUGCGACGCGCUGCGAAUCUUCCUGAACGACGCCCCGGAGGGCGAGCCAUUCAAGCACGACGUGCGCGUCGUCGCGGACGACGAUCGGGCGUGCGCGAUACCGAUCUCGAGGCUGCGGACGCUGCACCGGCCGCUUCGCGACAGCGCGGAAACCGUGGACGCGAUGGUGUCGUUACGGAAAGCGGUGGACCCGGAAGCGAUCGCGCGCGCCGUCGCCGCGAUGAACGCUCCGACGAUGAACGCUCCGACGUUGAACGCGGCGAUCGACCCCGCGAACGCGAACGCCGCCGCGAUCGAAGUGCACGCGUACCCGAUCAGCGCGGACUACGUCUACCACGAGCAGUUCAUCAACCAGCGGCGCGACCACCUCACGCGCGUGCUCGCCGCGAUCGCCGCCGUCGGCGUGAUUGUAUUUUUCGCGAUGAACUUCUACACCGCCGCGAUCGUCGUCCUCGCGCUCGCGUCCGUCGCGGCGACGACGUUCGCGUCGACGCGCGCGUUGGGGUUGAAACUCAACGCGGUGUCUUCGGUGUUGCUGGUCGCGAUCAUCGGUCUCGCGGACGAGUACGUGUGUCACAUCAUGUACUCGAUCGUGAUAAGCGAGAAGAUGGACGUCGUGGAUAAAGUAACGGACGCGUUGCGGCAGUUUACGAAGCCGGUCACCGCCAUGGGGGUGACGUCCGUCGUCGGGACGGCGUUGCUCGCCGCGGCGUCGUCGCCGGCGUUGCGGGAUUACUUUUUCCCGCUCUUCGCCGUCGCCGUCGCCGUGAGCUACGCGCACGGGAUCGUCAUCUUGCCCGUCGUGACGCUGUUGUGCGGCAGGAGGAAGAAAGGCGGCGACGGCUCGAGCACGGCCGCGAGUCCGGUCGCGUGCGCGGCGGCGCGGUACGACUGA